AUGGACGCGAAAUGGCGGCUGCUGCUGCUCACUGCUCUAUUGGCCUUGAGCUCAGUCUUUCAGGUUUUUUUUUUGAGUUUGAGAGCAAAUGAAGUUCGAAGAGAAAGAAACAAGGGGAUUUAAGUUUGUGAUACUCCACAAAACACUAACAAUUAUAGCACAGCUUUCAAAAAAAACUUCAGAAAAAAUACAUUAAAAAACUAACUUUAUAAUUUUUUCUCUUUUUUUUUACAAACUAUUUUGUGAUAUUUCAUAAGAAACGGGGCUGAAUUGUCUUCCAUGUGCUCCGAGUAAACAAUCGGAGAUUUUCUGGACAUUUGAACUCUUGCUCUCAGCGGCCAUUUUUUUUUCACGUGGUUGCCAACUCUCAUUAGCUUCAAUCUUGAUUUCUGAAGCAAACAGACAAGUUUACUUCAGACAACUGAACUUUUUUAUCAUUUCAGACAUUAUCAGAGGAGAACGCUUUGAUUGUUAGACCCAAACGAGACCAAUUAGCAUUGGUUCUGGUGAACUUCAGGGAAUCAGGAAAAAACCAAACUUAGGAAUUAAAUUUACUCUCAAGAAACAAGCAGCACUGUUCUGACAAAAAAAAAACACCGCUUUUUAUAGAAAACAAAAAAAAACAGAACGUGCGCUCUAUUGCCAACAAUGUUAGAAGUGAAAUAGACUUGAUGGAAAAUUUGCUCUAUGGCUAACAUUUUACGAAAAUUUGCAAGAGACUAAGUAAAAUUGAAAUUUGAAUAGCUCAAGGAAAAAAAAAAGUUAAAACUGGAGAAUAAAUGAAGGGAAACGUAAAGUUGAGUGAAAAAUUUCUCAACAGUUAUCCAUUCUUAUAAAAUGGUGUAAGUUCGAUAAAACGAGGUUUUCGGCUUGACUUGGAAACUUAGAUAUUUUUACGAACCUAGUUCUGAUAAUUCAAAAAAAACCUUCUUUUUCAUGUACUUUUUCAAUAGGAUGCUACUAACAAAUUUCACUGAUCAGAUAGGAAUGAAUGAAGAACGUUGAGUUUUGCAGAUGGGCUACACAAAUGCUUACCCAAACACUGCAAUCACAAGUUUCCGCGAAUAUCUCAACGCUUCGCACAAUCCGCCGGGUGAACUGAGCAAUACGGAAUACGAGUGGAUCUGGUCGGCCACUCUGAACAUUUACUUCGUCGGCUUCGCCAUCGGAAGCUUGUGCACAGGAAUUAUUGCUGAUCGGAUUGGAAGGAAACGUCAGUUUAUUCUUACUUGUUUCUUAAUUUUUACUUUGUUUUGUCGAUUGGUAGCGGAGAAAAGAAGAUGAUUUAAGAAAAAAAAAACUCAGCAUCACAGAUUUCUGUCGUCUGAUUUCAAGAUUUAGAAUUUUAUUCUUUCGUAGCUACGAACUAUUAUUUAUAAAAUCGAAGUUUGAAAGCUCUUCUGAUAUCUAGCAUCGCUCCUUCGGUGGGAAAAAAAUAUGUCAGCUUUUUUUAUAGAAAAAAAUAAGUUUAUCAUUAUUAUUUUUUUAUAGCAAUAUCCGAAUACGUAAUUGUUAUUCAGUUUUCCGUUGCAGUCAGAUCAAAACUUUUAGAAUGCUCCUUAUCAAAAAAACAUCCUUCUACAAGAAAAAACCUUAUCAUUUCCACGUGGUCCCAAAAUUUGAAAUUGAAUGAUUUUGAUUCCGGUGUCUGACCCACACCAUGUAUGGAAACACUUUGUGACAGAUUGAUAAGAGUGCCCCGUACUUUUUGGUUUCAAAAAGAAAUAACGAAAAAUGAAAAAGAAAACUUUCAGCGACUCUAAUCCUGGGAAAUAUGGGGAAUUUGGUUUCUGUCGUGGUCGCCACAGUUUCUAUCGCCUUUUAUGUUUCCUGGAUGUUCGCUUUGUCAAGAUUAAUUAUGUCUUUCUCAGCGGCUAUUUCAAUGAACAGUCUCAUUCUAUUGUUCCAAGUGAGUCGAAUUUAUGGAAGUCAAAAGUUAGGAGCAAGAAAGUUGCUGUUAUGGAAAGAUGUGUAGAAAAUGAGAAAAAAGUUUAUUUUAAGGAAAGUGCUCCAUCGAACUUGAAAGGAAUUGUUUCAUUCAACGCCGAGAUGGCCUUUGUUAUAACCAACUUGAUCGGAGCGAUCUGUGGGAUGCAAGGUGUUCUUGGCUCCAACUUGGUCAUGCUUGUCGGGUGAGAACUCUUCCAACUCCACCUCAGAACAUCUGAAAAUCUUUCAGGUUAUCUUGUAUUCCUACUCUUUUGUCUGUGCUUCUUUCUUUGCAUCUUCACGAGUCUCCGAGAUAUCUUUUGUUGCGGAAAAGAGAUGAUGGCGCCGCCAUCAAAUCUCUUCGAUUUUAUCAGCGGCCUGGUUUGUUAUCGGCGUUGAUUAUAGUUCCGGCUGAUGUUUAUGCGGCCAAUAGGACAAAGAACAAAAUACAGUAGUUCUCAGAGCAUUGCUAGGUCAAAUGACUGGGAUGAAAGUUCGUUUUGAUAAAAAAAAAGCAGAAAAAGUAACGGUGAUAUCAAAAAUGGUGAUUGACUUUUAGCUCAUAGUUUGACUGAAUCUUAAUAUAUAAUAAUUUUUUUUGAACUUUGUAUGAAGAAUUCCCAAUUGUGAAAACCUCACAAGUUCGACUUCAAAAUUAAAUUAAAGGGAGCCCUAUCAAAGUACCGAUACAAAAUUUGAUAUUGAAAACUUUUUCACGGCAAUCUGUUGACAAAAAGCCUUUCAAAAAAAAGUGGCGCCAUUCCGUUUUUAAGAUUUUCAGGAGUUAAUGCACUCUAUUAAAAAACGUUUUUUGAACAAAAAAAUUCAGACGAAAUCACCGCGCAGAAGACAAUCGAGGAGAUCAAAAAGGAAUCUCAAAACGAUGAGAAGGGAACUUCUUUGUUGACAAUUUUCCAAACACCUCAUCUUAGGAAAGGAUUUUUACUAGGUUGAUUGUAACUUUUUUUCGUUCCAACUUUGAUUUUUUUUUAGGUGUUUGUACCAUGCAAAUAACAACCUCAGUCUGGCCGAUAGUAUACUAUUCCACGGACUUUCUUACUCGUGCGGGUAGCUCUUAUGAACUCGCGGAAUUCGUCUCAACGGCAAUGCUCUUCGUGAGGUCUUUCAAAGACAAUGACUUUGAAUGAAAAAACUUUCAACUAUUUUUCAGUUCCAUAUCAACACUCGUUGGAAUGUUUUUGGUUGAAAGGCUUCCCAGAAAAUGGCUUCUUGUCGGCUGUUCCAUCGUCAAUAUGAGCGCUCUUCUGAGCUUCUCCCUUUGUGCCAUGCUUCAAGAUAAAUUCGCGUUUUUGACCUAUGGAUGUAUAGCUUCAUUGAUCUUACACGGAGCAUCGUACAGGUUGCAAUGGGAAAAUAAAAAAAUAAUACCAGUAAUUUUUUAGCGUGGCUUUGGGGCCAAUCGCCUGGUUCAUCACUUCAGAAUUGAUGCCUCUGAGUUGCCGAGCGCUAGCUCAAAGUGUGGUUUUAGCCAUAAAUCAUACAAUUGCACUGGUCGUCAGUUUUGUGUCUUUUCCACUCUAUACUGCAAUAGGUAUCAAUGUUCCCAACGGCUUCCACUAAUAUUCUUAUUUUCAGGACCUAUCAUUUUAAUAGUAUUGUUUGUGAUUCCGGGUGUUUUCUGUAUAGUUCUGUUAAUCGUUCAUUUGCCCGAGACAAGGAAUGUACACAUCAACGACGUCAUAAUUAA